CUGUGGAAGAGAGGUGUAUUGUGCAAUACACCCGUAUUAGGGUUUGACAGGACAGAUAUGGAGCCGCUUGGAUGCUGUUUUGUCUCCUGUAUUCAUGUAUUCCCUUCUCCGUUUAUCCCGUCGAUGGCGUACUAAUUAUAGCCACCCCUUCAGGCGUCUAUAAUUUAUCCGGCCCAAUACACCCCAUUUCUUGACAGAUCUACCCUCACUCAUCCCCCUCUUCAUUUGUUCCAUGUGUUGCCGUACAAUGACGACCUGAGAACUGUGGAGAAGGUUUUGGUCUGGGUUUUGGGCGAUUUGAGUUUUGGGUGGCGAUUUCUGGUUAGGGUUUCACAAUCUCUACCAAAUCCCUUCCCCGAUCUGUGAAGGAUGGCAAGAUUAAACAGAACCCAAAUAAGAAGAAGAAGAAAUGAAAAGGCAGUCAUGGCGUUAUCCGCCUUUGUUAUUUCUACAUUGGCUGUGCUUCGCCUUUACUUGUUCAUCACCUCCACAAAACGACGUCCAUGUCCACACUUGUCUCCUAAUCCGAACUUUUACCAGACCCAAGUAGAUAACCUCAAUAGGCUUGUGAGGGGUAAUGAAAGUGAUUGCUACGAUCAGUUGAGGGUGAAUAGACAUACGUUCUUGAGAUUGUGCUUUCUAGUUCGAGGUGUUGGAUUAGGGGACUCACGCUACGUAUGUCUUGAGGAGAGGGUAGCCAUUUUCUUGUGGAUCAUUUCACACCAUACAAAGCAGAGGCGUACGAAAUAUGAGUUUUGGAGAUCGGGUGAAACAGUAAGCAGGCAUUUCAAUGCCGUGCUCCAAGCCAUCUUGCGGCUUUACAACAUGCUCCUAGAAAAGCCCGAGCCUAUUCCUCCUAACUACCACGACAGUAGAUGGAGUUGGUUUCAGAAUUGUCUUGGGGCUUUGGAUGGGACAUACGUGCCAGUUAAUCCCCCAGCAGUUGACAAGCCACGGUAUAGGUCAAGGAAGGGUGAGAUCUCUACUAAUGUCUUAGGUGUUUGUACUCGAGAUCAAAAAUUCUCCUAUGUAUUGUCUGGUUGGGAAGGCUCGGCCACAGACUCUAGAAUUCUUCACAAUGCCAUUACGAGACCCACUGGCCUUAAAGUCCCACAUGGACAUUACUACCUUGUGGAUGGUGGCUACACAAAUGGGGAUGGUUUUCUAGCACCGUAUCGCGGCCAACGAUAUCACAUUAACAUUUGGAGGCAAGGUGGCAUCCCGGCUACGAAAGAGGAGUACUUCAACAUGAAGCACUCCCAAGCUAGGAAUGUCAUUGAGAGAAGCUUUGGUGUUCUUAAGAUGCGAUUUGCAUUAUUGAAAUGUGCCUCCUAUUACCCCAUAAGGACUCAAUGUCGUAUUGUGACAGCUUGUUGCCUUGUCCAUAACCUCAUUAAGAGAGAGAUGCCGAACGAUCCUAUUGAGGCCGAGUAUACGCAAUGGGAACAAGACAACCUACAUAAUGUGGAGGUUGAUGACAACAUUGGUACUGUCGAGGCUUCUAAUGAAUGGACUGCGGGGAGGGAUGCAUUGGCUACCGCAAUGUUUAACAAUUGGUUAGGCAAUGGUGGGGGACUAGUGGGAAAUAUUUGAGACAUUUGUAUUAAUAAGUGAUUGAAGUACUUGUAAUAGAACUUAGUAA